AUGUUGAAACGGUCAAUUGCGAACGUGCGGUUCGGUAUCCUUCUUGCGGUAGAUCCUUCUUUUCCGGAGCAACGGCAGUACAGGUGCGACAGCCGAGGCGGUAACGUCGUUAGGAGCGUCAUCGAUGGCAGCGCGUACAUCCUUGGAGAAGAGAAAGAAGAAGCUAUAGAGGAGAGAAAGAGAAAAGACAUACAUCGGGAUGACUAUCGCGCGAUGGAAUCAAAUCGGGACAUCAACGAGUCUUUCCGAAGAUUGACUACUCUUAUUCAUCCCGUCCUGGUAAAGAUGAUGGAUCUGCAACACCUGAGACGUGCAACUUCUCUUUUUGCAGAGGUCGCAGUUCCUCCGACAUUGUAG